CAGCUAACGGCCGAAAAGGCUCCUGAUGCUAUAAUUACGGGCUAAUAUACUGCAUAAAAACCGAGAAAUACAUCUAUUUUGCACUUCGUAACAAAUUUUGCUCUCAAUUCUCAUAUUCUAGGGUUUGCUUCUUCAGGAAAAUAAACAAAACUCCGAAAUAUAAAAUUCUUUCGUUUCAUAAGAUCGCUUCAAAUUUUAGGGUUCAUCAUCUGUCAAUUUUUUUGCAAUUUUAUUUUACGUGAUAUGGUGAUUUUGGGGCUGGUAUGACAGAGUUACAUAAUCCGCCCAUAAUGGAAAUCCGAGCUCUGAAAUUACGAAUGGAUUGUUCAAAUUUGGAUUUACUCGCUUGUCGACUUGGUUUUAAAUCGUCGUUUGAUUCAUACUUGAUCGCAUGUGAAGCAUUUUCUGAAGAAAAGUUGAUUCAAAUUGAAGUUCUCUGAUCGUUUGUGUAUUCACUGCAUCCUCUCCUUUGAUUGAAUUUCUCUUUCUCAGUUCUCUUAAUCACCAUCGUAGACGUCAGUGAUGAAUUCGGUUGAUUUUCGUUCUACUUCGGCAAUUAUGAGCGCAGUUUCUGAUAAUUUUGACGAUAUUGCUGAAAGGGACACCUCUGGUCGAUACAUCAGGUAUCAUGAAAUCUUGGGAAGGGGAGCAUUUAAGACUGUAUACAAGGCAUUUGAUGAGGUGGAGGGAAUAGAGGUGGCUUGGAAUCAAGUUCACAUCAAAAAUGUAAUGGGGUCGUCACAACAAUUGGAGUUACUGUAUUCUGAGAUUCACAUUUUGAAGUCAUUAAAACAUGCAAAUAUUAUGAAGUUUUACCACUGGUGGGUGGAUGAUAGAUGCAUGACUAUCAACAUAAUCACGGAGCUUUUUACUUCUGGAAACUUGAAGCAGUACCGUGAAAAACACAAGCAAGUUAACAUUAAGGCUAUCAAAAACUGGGCAAGGCAGAUCCUCAGAGGUUUACAUUACCUUCACACUCAGAAUCCACGCAUCAUACAUAGAGAUCUCAAAUGCGAAAAUAUCUUUGUUAAUGGACAUACUGGACAAGUUAAGAUCGGAGAUCUGGGAUUGGCAACUGUUAUGCAGCAACCUGCUGCUUUGAGUGUGAUUGGUACACCCGAAUUCAUAGCGCCAGAGUUGUUUAGAGAAGAAGAAUGUAAUGAGCUUGUUGACAUUUAUUCUUUUGGUAUGUGUAUGCUGGAGAUGGCGACCAAUAAAAGCUCUUAUUUAGAAUGCCAUGGUGUACAUGAAAUCUACAACAAGGUUAUCAAGGGUGAAAAGCCUGCUAGCCUUGACACAAUAAUGAAUCUGGAGAUGAAGGAAUUCAUAGAAAAGUGUUUGGUUUCAGCUUCUAGAAGACCAUCUGCAGAGGAGUUGUUGAAUGACGCAUUCCUAGUAUCAGAUAAUCUACCUGGACAAAUUCCCCUAACUGCUCCAAAGAUGCUUGAAUCGGCCUAUGUGUCCGGACCUGAAUCUCAAUCUAUGGAUAUAGACCUUGACAGCAAGAAGAGCAACUCAAGCUCAAGUAUGAAAAGCAUUUGUGAAAUUCCUCGCCGACUAAGCCUAACAUUAUUGUAUAAUGAUGUCAAGACAUUCAAGCUAAUAGGAAAGGUGAAGAAUGAGGAGAGGAUCAAAAUGAUACUUGUGUUUAUUGAUUCAAAAGGUUGUAGGAACAGUGUUAAGUUUCCUUUCUACCCUAAAACUGAUACCAUCGUUUCAGUUCUGUGUGAGAUGAUUGAACAGAUCAGCGACUUAUCCGGAGAGGAUUUGGUUCCAAUAGUGCAGUUGAUGGAACAGUUGAUACCAGAACUAAAGCCGCACUACAAGCCACCUUGUGAUUUUAGUCUUGCUGAAUAUAUUAGUUCACUCGAGGAUUCUUCUGCUUCAAAUUGUAUCCUAGAUGCACUAAGGUAUCUUUUGGAAUCUGGAAUGUGCAAGACCUCUACCGAGGUAAUUGGGAUUGGUGAGGACCGUUGUGCUCGAGAUUCUCUCGUUUCUGGCAUAUCAGUUGAACACAACCUGGUGAAUCAAAAUCAUGAUUCUGGUUUAAGUGCUUGUGACUGCAGUGAAGUCUCCUGCUGCGCUGCAUCUGAUGGUUUGAGCCUGUCAAGCCUGUCUUCCUCAACACCAACCGAGAAAGACACGUACAGCGAGGACCUAAAGCAGGAGCUCGAUGCAAUUGAUUCCCAGUACAAUGAAUGCCUUCGUGAGCUCUCGAGGAAAAGAGAGGAAGCUAUAGAGUUUGCCAAGAAGAGACAUGCUUCUGGGAAGGGUUUAGUUUCUUGAUAGAAGUUUUUGCUUAUUCAGAAUUUCAUCUUUGCCGAGCACAACUAUAUCAAAGCUUUCCAUGUAAAUAUAGCAUAUUUUUUUAAAAACACGUGAAUAAUACAAGUUUUUAUUGAUUUUCUUACAAUAAUAUCAACUUACUUUUGAUUAACCAUGUAUAAUAUCAAUUUAGGAGUGUGUUUUCCUAGAAUAAUACUAACUUUUGUUUAACCAUUAAUUACCUUUGUUAUUAAUGUCAAAAAGCAUACUAUACUAUGCAAACAUCCCCUAACUGUUAUUAUUCAUGGUUAAUCAAAACGUUAAUAUUUAUCGUGAGGAAAUCGGUAAAAGUUUGUAUUGUUUACGGUAGUUUUUCUUUCUUUUUUUUUUUUUGCAUACUCUAUAGUUUAUUUACUGUCAAGUUCUUUUCAUUCUUUCUUUACAAGUUUGUUUUUAGAAGAAUUUUCUCGUGUGGUUUACUCCAAGAUUUGUGAUUUCGUUUUUAAUGGGUUUUAGUGACAAUGAGACGUGAUUUUCAUGUA